CAAAAUCACCCGACCAACCCGAGUGCCACUGACGCGAAAACAGAGUCGAUUUCGAAGCGCCGCCGCCCUUGCUCUGCUCCGCCCGCGCUCUCCUCCCCCUCACUCCGCCGCGUGGCGCGCCGAAGCGAGGCCGGAAGCCAAGAUCCGGCGACCACGCGCCACGAUGCAGCAGCCGGCCCUCCUCGCCACCGGGGGACUCGACGAGUACGAGUACGCGAGGUUGGAAACGCUCUUGAUGGAGGGAGGGUCCGCCUCGGCAGGAGCACCUCGCUUCAAUGGCACAGACUAUGAGUCAUGGCGGUUCAGUAUGAGGCUCCACUUGGGGGCCUUUCACUAUCGUGUGUGGAGCAUUGUGGAAACCGGCCUCUCCUCUUGUGUGGAUGAAGCGAACCCGACGGCUCCCGAGCUGAGGAACAUCCACUACAACGCCCAGGCCAUGAACGCCAUCUACUGUGCCCUGAGUGAUGACCAGCUCUACCGGAUCUGGCACCUUGAUAUUGCUAAGGAGGUCUGGGAGGCUCUCCGGGUUAUACACCAAGACACCCCAAUCAUCCGUGAGUUGAAGGUCAAACAGCUGAGGGAGAAGAUGAAGUUUUUUGCGUGGAGGAAGAACGAGCACCCCAUUAGCAUGUAUUCGAGGCUCAUGAAUCUGGCCAGUGAGAUGAAGCUCCAUGGAUGCCAGGAGGUGACAGAUUCUUAUGUUGUGAGGAAGAUUCUUCAUGCCAUCACACCAAGGAGCUCCACCUUUGUGACCAUCAUCCGUCAGAGGCCUAACUUUGAAGAACUCACCCCUUUGGAUGUGCUCCAUAAUUUUCAAGUCCACGACAACAUGCAAGAACUAUCCAGAAGAGGCAUGCGCGGGUACGCGAGGGCGAAGGUGGACACUGUCACGCCGAGCAAGCCCGCCCGCGAAGCCGGUUGCUCCGGAGAAGCGCCUCACUUCGAUGGCACACACUCUCUAUCGUGGCAGCGUAGGAUGAAAUUCCAUUUGUUUAGCAUGCACCCUCUUGUGUGGAGAGCUGUGGAAACUGGUUUCUCUUGUGCAGAUGAAGCAAAUGAAGAGAGUAAUGUGCAUCACAGUGCCGGAGCUAUAUGCGCCUUUUAUCGUGCCAUGGAUGAUAGUCCCUACAACUGGAUUUCCCCAUAUAAGAGUGCCAAGGAGAUUUGGGAUGAUCUCCGAAAAUUUAGUGAAGCGGGUUCUAAGUCAAUGCUCAGCUCACUGAGACAGAUAUGGACUGGUUCGUCUUAGGAGAAGAUGAGUCCAUCGAUGACAUGUAUACAAGGCUCAACAAUUUGGCCAAUGAGAUAAAGGGCCUUGGGUGCAAAGAGAUGACCGAUUCCUAUCUUGUGCGGAAGAUGCUUCGUGCCAUGACACCAAGGAACCCAAACUUGGUUUUCCUCAUCCGUCAGAAGCCUAACUUUGAACUACUCACCCCUCGGGAUGUGCUUGCAACAUUCCUCCUCUACGACAUGGAGCAGAAAGAAUCCAAACUGUCGAGUGGGUAUGCUUUGCCACGAUCAAGCAAAAAGGUCAAUGCUGCCUUGAAGGCCAAGCAGGUGCAAAUUGAGGAAUCAAGCGAUGAUGAAAAAGACAAUGAUCAAGAUAGUGAGCGAAUUCAACAAGGAAUGCAAGAAAUGUCUCUCUUGGGGAAGAAACGUGGAGGUGUUGCUUGGAAAGAAAGGCUACGAAGCAAGAAGCAAUUUCUCUGACAAGUCCAAGAUGAGGAAAUCAAAGAGAUAUUGCUAUCAAUGUGGUGAUCCCAAUCAUUUCAUUGCUGCUUGUCCUAAUAAGGAGGGCAAGAAAGAAGAGAAGGAGAAGAGCAAGUACAAGAGGAAAUCAUUCGAUCACAAGGGCAAGCCAUACAAGCCAGACAAGCAGAAAGGUGUGGAGGCACAUCCUCGCGUCAACACGGGAGUGGAAAGUGCCGUUCAAAGAUGCAGAGGUGGUGGACUUGGACCGCUUCGGAGGCCGGUUAAUGGAUAACCUGAGAACUCCAUUUCGGCUGACGUGGAGCUGAAGAGGGGGCUGGUGCCGAAGCCGACAAGGAAACCCGCCGCCCGGCCGUCACAGCAACCCUCCUGCCUCAGUGAGCAUCUGCCCAGAGGAGUGGCAGUGGCCUUCUGCCUCAGUGCGUAUCUGCCCAGAGGAGUGAUGGUAUAUGAUGAUGAUGAUGAUGAAGUUACUGAAUCUUAAGCACGCGCAUGCUGUUCACCUCUCAGACCUGUUUCUUCUUCUUCUUUUGGCUCGCAUUGGUGGCCUUAUUUCUGAUGCUGUGUAACGCUGAGUUUGCGAAGGAUUUGAACCUGUUAGCGCUGUAUAACUCGCUGGUUUCAUUCUAUAAAAUGGAGCCAGGGUGGCUCCACCCUGUU